AUGCCCAUGAUCCCUGAAUUUCAAUGCGUUUUUCUCUGCGUCCUUCUCGCCGAAUUGCUUCGUUGUGAAGCUUCGGAUAUCUUGGAAGGAUUGAAAGCAGCAGAUCGAUCAAAGGAUAUCAGCUGCAAUUCUCAGCUCUUUCGAGGACCGAACAUAUUCCCUCUCAUCAGCAUCCUCAAAUCGCCGGUCUCGUCGACACCGAUCAGACGAGACUGGACGACCAUGGAGAAUCACCGAGAGGAUUACAUGCAACUGGGGAAACUGGUCGACGAAUUAUCCUACGUCUUCAGUCCGACACUCUUGCUGAGUUUCGUGAACAGCGUCGUGAAGACGACGGUGACGGUGUACAUGGCGUCGGUGAACUUCUCGUAUGGCUCUCGGCAGUGGUUGAACAUCGCGACUGCGGCUGGGGAAGUCUCCGGGAGCCUCGUUCGACUCUUCCUCAUCACUAUUGCUGCUUCAUAUAUAUCCGAUCAGGUGACGUAUCUUGAGUGCAGGGAAAUUUCCUUAAAAAAUGCUCAUUUCAUCGACAGUAGAGAUUAUGAAAAGGAAGGAGAGUUCAUAAAACGUUUGAACGAAGUGACGGGGUUCAAUUCAUCGUCCGAGACGGCACAGAAGACGAGGCUUUUAUACCUACAGAUCCAAUCCAAACCGAUUCGGCUAACAGCGACUGAUUUCUUCGACGUGAAUAAGAGUCUCGCAGUCUCGGUGAUGGGUACGAUUGUGACUUACUUGGUGGUGCUGCUGCAGUUUCGCUUGGAGGGUCUGGCCUCAGGCGACGAAAACAACACAACAAAAACAUGA